UUCUAAGACUUUGUAGGUUUAAAAAGCUCUGGCCUUAUAGCAUCGAUCUUUUUCAAAUUCUAUCUAAUGCUUAACAAGACCUCAAUAUUCCACAACUUCACUUUAUAUCAUCUCUCUCCAUCUCUCUUGUACUGUGUAUUGGCAACAGACAAAUAUAAGAGAAGGAAAGAUAUUUUCUCCAUUUUUUCCAGAUUAAAAAGCCCACCAUGUUGUACGAAAACAUGUCAUUGAUGAUGAAAAUAUGAAAGAUGUUCAAAUGAUCAAAGAAAUAUUAGAUCAGUUCUUAUCUUCAAUGCGGGGUAGAGCAAUAAUUUAAAGGUCACAUGUUCAAACCUUGAAAUAAAAGACAAUGGAAGGAGAUCAUCAAGAAAGGGUAUUACACAACAAUUAUGAUUUACAAGUUUCCACCUUCUCAACUCCUCAUGUUAAUAUCCAUGAAAUGGGAUUUGUACAUCACUUUGAAGAUCAUCAAAAUCAAGUCAUGAGUUUUUUAACUUCUCCUCUUUCACACUCUUCUCAUAUUCCUGAUGGCGCCGCCAGCACCAGCGCGGCGCCACCAACCGCCACCUGUACUACCCUAGCUGCUGCCACCAAUAACGGUAGCAGUUCGCUAGGGUUUUAUCACAGUGAACUUGUCAAUAGGUCUUCCUGGAAUAACGACCAGGUUGAAACACUGGAUCCCAAGGCAAUUAUUGACCAAAAUUGCAGCGGAAAUGCCAGCGAUGGUAACAAUUCGUGGUGGAGGAGUUCACCCUCAGAGAAAGGGAAGGUGAAAGUGAGAAGAAAGUUGAGAGAGCCAAGAUUUUGUUUCCAAACUAGGAGUGAUAUUGAUGUUCUUGAUGAUGGUUACAAAUGGAGAAAAUAUGGUCAAAAAGUUGUCAAGAAUAGCCUUCAUCCAAGGAGUUAUUACAGAUGUACACAUAGCAAUUGUCGAGUAAAGAAGAGAGUUGAACGACUUUCAGAAGAUUGUCGUAUGGUAAUAACAACCUAUGAAGGUAGACACAACCAUUAUCCUUGUGAUGAUUCAAACUCUUCUGAAAAUGAUUGUUUCUCCUCUUUCUAGAGUACUACGUACUUAUUAUAUAUGUAUCUCCAUAUAUACGCAUCUACCUUUGUGAGGAACAAGGGCGAAAGUAGAUGUUAAUUACUUGUGUAUCAGAUUCGGUCGAAUUUAGUUGCUUUUGUUCCAACAAUGUAUUUGUAUUAAUAAGUUUAUUAAAUAUGUACAUACAUCAAAUCUAAAAUAUCGAUGUUAGCACUUGAA